AAUGGACUUGAUGGGGACAGGAAGUCAGCGACUUGUCAAUGGUCCACGCCUCUCCUCCCCGACACAUUUUUCCCUGAGGAUUUUCUUCCAGCUAGAUUUUGAACGGCAGUGUCUGCCUCUGCGGCUUUGGUGACAGAAAUCGAUGAAAUUAGCCUUUAGUUUGGUUCAUUUAUUAUGCACCCCAUACCCAUCUAGUGGGCGGUAAUAGAAACGGUUACAGAGGCACAUAAUGGGCUUAGAGACUGAACCCCACAAUUCAUUUAGCUAAGCAAGUUACAAUUUUGAUGAGCUAUCCUUGUACGUCAUUUCUGGAUUAAUUCGUUUCGUCGAGGACACGAAGCCUGUGUUUGUCAAACAUACUGACCUUGCCCAGGCUGCAACCCCACAACACUUGCACAUCUCACGGGUAUCAAUUUAUCAAUAGAUGAAUAUAUAUCUACUCUAUGCACGACCCAAGGCAAGUCCCGGUAACAGGCUCCAUCAGUUCAGUCACAGGAAAGAUUUGAUUUAACCGGAGACCGCGGGCAGCCACCCCAGGACACGGUGUGUACGGUACGAGUGUUACUGCUCUCACUGGCACCUGUCUUGAAGAAUACUGUGUGAGAUUAGACACGAGUCUCCCGCACUGAGACACCUCGGGUGUUGCCCCCGUGUGACCUCCCUGGGGUGGUGCUGACCACUCCUGCACUCCCUGCCCUCGCCUCCACUCUACACCCUCAGGGACUCUACACCCCCAGGAACUCUUCACCCUCAGGGUCUCUACACCCUCAGGAACUCUACACCCUCAGGGACUACAUCCUCAGGGACUACAGCCUCAGGGACUCUACACCUUCAGGGUCUCUACACCCUCAGGGACUACACACUCAGGGACUCUACAGUCUCAGGGACUCUACAGCCUCGGGGACUACAGCCUCAGGGACUACACCCUCAGGGACUCGACACCAUGUCAACAAGAAGCUUGUAAACAGGUGAAGAGAAUCCAGUGAGAGAUCAAGUUUAUAAUGGCCCAACAAGGCAAGCAACCACAAGGCCGGGAAGCACUGCUCAAGUCGUACAAUAAAAGGCUCAAGGAUGAUGUCAAGUCAAUCCUUGAUAAUUUUAUGGAAAUUGUAAAGUUGGGUGUAGUGGAAGAGGAGAGUCAGGUGGGCAGGAUGACUCAGGUGGAUGAGAUCAAUUUUCAGAUACAAGUACGAUCUGCUAAUAUGGUGAGAGCUGCAGAGUCACUAAUGAAGUUAGUUGCUGAUGUUAAACAAUACCUUAUACUUAAUGACUUUCCUUCCGUCAAUGAAGCUAUUACACAAAAUUCACAAAUUUUCAAAACAAAGAGUCAAGAAGCAGACCAGAAGCUGAUGGCAUUACGGGAUGACAUGGCAUCAGAUCUUUAUGAACUAGAAGAGGAAUUUUAUUCUUCUAUUUAUAAGGAGAAGUAAACUUUACAAUUACAGUAAAUAUAAUGCAAGUUCUUUUUUAAUAAAAGCUGUAUUUCCCUUUUUGUUUAAUAAAAGCGGUAUUUCCA